AGAAGCUCCAAAAGGAUCCUAAUGUUUAGACACACCCAAUACCAUGUGUUUGAAAUGUGUCAAAUAUACCAUGGGCGGGGGUAUAGCCCGAAAAAAACGACAAACCCCAAAUGCUAUGUAAAAAAAUCAUUCAGGGGUUUUUCUCUAGGUCGUAGGGUACAAAAGCGCUAGAAACCAUGGGCAAUGUUAGCAGCGUUUUAGUUCCGAUGCAAACAGCACCUCCAGAAACUCCAAGAAUCGUUAUCGGACUGAAGCGUUAAAAAAGAUAAUCGGGGAAAAAAGUCUAAUGGAUCUAUCACAAGAUUCUGAAGCAUUCACGCAGAUACUCCGAGGUAUAACUGAGCUCGAAUCAUCCCAUGGGUCUCCGAAACAAACGCCUGCCCUGAAUUGUCAACAGGACCUAAAGCCUAGAAGGUUAAACGAUGCCCUAUGGAGCCUGAACGGUUUCUGCGAAGCAUAUGACUACGAGACAAUUCUGCCCUACUCCCAGGAUGUAUUUACCCAAAAGCAGCGAACAGAGACUUUAAACGGCAGGUCAACUCCCCUUGGCCAGGACAACGUUGUCCCCCAUAUUUCUAAACACCAAAGGAUAAUUAGUGCUCAGAUCCACAGUUCCGCUUCACCCGAACAAUUCUACUUGGCCGAUAUUCACGAGACGUCGUUCCAAGGACUAGGCUCCCCAUCUACCGGACCUGCAGAUGUUGUAAUACAGGUUGAACAAACACAACAGCCCUUGGUUUCAGAGCUUCUUCAGAACAGCCCUCGUCAAAAAAGCAGAGACUCCUCACCGGCUUAUGAACACAACGCACAAACAUCGGAGGAUGCCCAGACAAGCAUCCCCGAGGAGGCUCCAAAGACACCAGCGAAACCUGAUGAUGUCAAAGAUUUAAAUGACAUUUCUGAGGUAGACGAUUUGAUGUUCUGUGAAGCUGCCAACCUUCUUGAAUCGGCCAAUUCUGUGGGGGAAACAGCAGAUUCUGAAAUAGACCAAGAACGUUUUUUCAAAGCGUUUACCCUGGGUUUAAAAUCACGAAAGGCUCUACUCCAGAGGCGCAUGUGUAUUCUACUCGAGCAUCAAUACAAUCAGGAUGUGUCAUUCUGGCGUAGCGAGCUACCCCGUAUGUUAAAAAACAUUAGGGCUAAAACAAGCAAAUACCGCCGUUAAAAAACACACAUGUAAACACACACACACACACAUCCUUAAUUAGACAGAUGGCGCCCCCUAUAGACCAAAGUGAGACAAUUGAAACACUCUUAGCCAGGAUCCCUACAGAGCUCCAAGAUAUAGUUAACCAUAUGAAUGAUUCGGGGGUAAUUGACAUAAUGACAAUAGAUGAAAAUCUAUUAUCCCAGAUUCCCUCCGAACUCAUAGACAUUAUUACACGUAUGAAUGAGUCAGGGCCUUCCGAGGAAAACAUGUUAACACAGAUUCCCGAAACCAUCAUAUCUCUAAUUACCCAGCUUAACGCGAGCCCUAGGUUUAAUACGGCCCCACAGACACCUCUAAGACAGCCUUUAACAACAUUGUCCGAAGAGUCUGAAAGUCAAUAUGAUGUUUUUGAACAGUUGGACAAAUGUCUAGCAAAUCUGGAGGGGGGCGGUCUUGAGAUCAGUGUACAGAACGAGAGCGCUAGGUUUAAUUCGGCACCCCAGACACCUAUAAAUCAGCCUUUAACACCAAUGUCCGAAGAGUCUGAAACCCAAUACGAUGUUUUUGAACAGUUGGACAAUUGCCUAGUAAAUCUGGAGGGGGGAGGUCUUGAUCGAAGUGUACAUGUUUUGCGUCGAAAUAAAUUCAACAAUAUUGAGGUUCGCCAGUUUUUCAAUUUCGCAUGGGGGGGUCAGAUUCGGGAAUAUGCUGUGUUUUACGUAAUGCUUAUGGACACUUUGAAUGAACUGUUAGCGAGGAUCAGAGAUUAUAGCGAACCUAGGGAUCUCUUACAGUUGGAAAUUUGUGGAGACAGUCUACAGAGCAAGGUAUCGCUUAUUUUACAGAAUGGUGAAGCAGAGCUUGAACAAUUUGUUAAACUGCUAGAACGCCUUGUACAGUCAAAUUUAAACGUGCUAGCAGAUAGGACCCUCGAACUUGUAGUACAAUUAGUACGCCAACCACAAGGGGGCGGGGGUCAGAGACGAAAGCUCGAGAGUUUAAUGCAGUCCGAAAUCAUAAGCAAUAAAAGGGCCUAUCUCAUAAACGUUCACAAUCCAGGUAAUAAGCUAUGUUUUGCCAUAGGUUUGGCCCACUUACUCAGCCCCGGAUGUACUGAUCAAGCCGCGUUACAUAAAGCUCUCGAGCUACAAACUGCGGUGGGUCUCGGUAUACAGGAUGCUGUGGCUUUCUCAGACAUAGUCAAAUUUGAAAACUUUCUGAACAUCAAGAUUGUGGUUUUGUACCACAGUAGGGCUAAUGACGCUCUCCUCAAGUUCCAAAAUAUACCCGAACCACAUCCUAAGACUAUGUACUUUUAUGUGCAAAAUGAGCAUUACUAUGCCGUAACUAACAUCACAGCCUUUUUAGGCGCGCCAUAUGUCUGUCCAGCCUGUCAUACCGGCUACACACGCAUGGGGGGGCACUCGUGCCGUUACAACUGUUCAGUAUGUCUGGAUAAACAUUGCCCUAUGCAGCCGCUAAACUUGACCCCCUGUGCGGAUUGUCACCGCACAUGUCGUUCGGCCUACUGUUACGAAAAACACAAAACUGAAACAUGGCAUCCCAAGGCAUGUAAAUCUGUAAGCAGUUGUGACAUUAACAAGAAAUGUCCAAAAUGUCAUUGCAAUUACAACCUUAAAAUAGAUAGCCCUAAACCUCAUGUUUGUGGAAUUAUACACUGCCCAAUCUGUAAAGGUCCUUUGAAAAGCAGAGACGCGGAAGCAGUUCAAGAAGUAACACAUGAGUGUUACAUUCAGCCCUUGGCUGAAGAUGAACAUACAGAGAAAUAUGUGUUUUAUGAUUUUGAGACAACUCAGCAAUCAGGGGUUCAUUUGCCUAUUUUUGUGUCAACCAUGACUUUCAAGGGUGAAAAAUGGUCGGCCGAGGGACCCGAUUGUGCCCAACUCUUUCUAAAACAUUUUAGAAAAGCCCAGUACAGAAACUUCACGUUUAUAGCUCACAAUGCUAGGGCCUAUGACUCCUAUCUGCUUCUGAACCCUUUGAUACAGCAAGGCGUGGCACCCAGUGUCAUAGCUCAAGGGAGUAAAAUAUUAUGCUUUGUUGACCCCGCCUUCAAACAGAGAUACAUUGACAGCUUAAGCUUCUUACCCAUGAGAUUGGCUCAAAUGCCAGAGGCCUUGGGUUUUGAAAACUCUGUCAAAGGCUAUUUCCCUCAUUUCUUCACAUCUGAGGAGAAUCUACAUUAUAUAGGAUCUUAUCCAGCCCCCGAAAUGUACGGGUGUGAUCAAAUGUCUCCCAAAGAGCGUGAGAGAUUCAUGACAUGGUACGAGACCGUAAGACAUGGCACUUUUGAUUUCCAUAAAGAGAUGGAAUCAUACUGUGACAAUGACGUUGUUAUACUUCGUGAAGGAUGCCUCAGAUUCAGAGAAGAGGUAAUCAAAGAUGCGGGCAUUGACCCCUGGAGCUGUACAACUAUUGCAUCAGCGUGCAUGAAAACCUAUCGUACACACUAUCUAACUCCUGAAUCUAUAGCUAUCCCAUCGCCAGACAACUACCGACGCCAAUUCAAGGCCUACUCUAGUGGUUCCAUUCAAUGGUUGGAGUACUUGGCCCAGGAUAAAGAUAUUUUUAUCCAACAUGCUUUGAAUCGGGGGGAGAAGGCUUUUGGGCCUUACCAUGUAGAUGGAUACACACAGAUUGACGGGGUUGAGACAGUGUAUGAGUACAACGGUUGUUUCUUCCACGGUUGUAAAUUAUGCUUUGUCCCCCACACCUUGUGUGUCCUAACCCAAAAGACUUUUGGGGAAAUGUACCAAGAGUUUCAAGACAAACUGAAUUCUUUAAAGGCUACUUACGGGUUAAAAGUUGUGGUUUUGUGGGAGCACGAAUGGACAGCCCUCAAAAAGGCAGAUCCUAGUGUUAAGGCCUUCCUUACCCAUUAUGACCCUCCAGAGCCCCUGGAACCGCGACAGGCCUUGUUUGGAGGCCGGACCAAUGCUUUGACAUUGCGUUAUGUAGCUCAACCCGACGAGACAAUAGGCUAUGUAGAUUUUACAUCCCUAUAUCCUCAUGUAAUGAGUUCCUCAUUCUAUCCUAUAGGGCAUCCUGAAAUUAUUCACAGCGACUUUGACGAACCCCAAAAUUAUUUUGGUUUAAUCAAAGCGACUGUCUACCCUCCUAGGGGGCUGUUUAUACCUGUGUUGCCUUACAAGGGUCCUAAAGGAAAACUUUUCUUUCCCCUUUGUCGCACAUGCUGUGAAAACCACAACCAGGAAAACCCCUGUGAUCACACAGAUCAAGAAAGAGCCCUGACCGGUGUAUGGGUCACUGUAGAAUUCUCUAAGGCUUUAGAGAAGGGGUAUCGUGUGGCCAAAAUCUUUGAAGUGUGGAACUUUUCCAGGAAAUCAGACACACUUUUUAAAGAGUACAUCAAAACCUUCUUGAGAUGCAAGCAGAUGGCUUCAGGCUAUCCUGCAUCGGUCACAGAUCAAGAAAGUAAAGACCAGUACAUUCAAGACUACCAUGACAGAGAAGGCAUACUUCUUGACCCUGACAGAAUAGAGGUCAACAAAACCAAAAGAAAUGUGUCGAAAUUGUACUUGAACUCCCUUUGGGGGAAAUUAGCGCAGAGAUGCAAUAUGCUAACAACUUCGAUCAUUAAAGACCCCGAAGAAUUUUUGGAAUUUGUUUUUUCGGACCAAUACGAAAUUUCACAUUUUUCCUUCUUGAGUCAAGACAUUGCCUUGGUGCAAUGGAGGCGCCACCAAAAGUGGGUUCUACCCCCGGGUAAUGUAAAUGUGUUUCUUGCAGCAUUUACCACAGCCUAUGGCCGCCUUGAACUGUACACCCUCAUGGAACAGCUUCAGAGGCGGGUUCUUUACCACGACACAGACUCUGUGGUCUAUGUAAGCAAACCGGGGGAUUGGACCCCCCCACUUAGCAACUAUCUUGGGGGUUUAACGAGUGAACUCGAAGAGGGUGACCAUAUUACAGAAUGGUCCUCAUGUGGUCCAAAAAGCUAUGCUUUUAGGACUAAAGCCAAUCACGUGGUGUUGAAAGCCAAAGGCGUGACUCAAAACUAUGAAAAUGCACCGCGUGUAAACUUGGAAUCAAUCACGCGCUUGGUCGAGGGGUUCGUAAAGGACAAGAAUAGUGACUUGGAGAUUUUGAGCUCCUACAACAAAAUAGUGAGGGAUAAAAAGGGGUUCCAUCUAAGAAACGCACCACUCACUAAAAGAUUCAGGGUAGUCUAUGACAAGAGACAGCUAUUGCCUGACGGUACCACAUUGCCCUUUGGCUACUGACUUAUGCUACAAGCCCCAGUGUGUCUUAAAGCUUAAGAUAUUAUGACUGCUGUCGAGGGUUUUGACCCCCGGCUACAAUUGCCUUUUUCAGCAUUAAUUGCCGGCCCUUCAAACAGUGGCAAAACUUUUUUUGUAAAAAGUAUUUUAGAGAAUUCUGAACAUGUGUUAUCUCAAAAGCCUGACAAUAUUGUAUGGUGUUAUUCAUGUUACCAACCUCUGUAUGAUGAAUUAUUGAAGACAAUAAAAAUCAAGUUUGUUG